AUAUUGGAGAGCAUUGCCGAUAAUAUCGAGGAGAUCGAGGAGGAGUAUCUGGUGCUGCGCGAUCUCUCCAAGCAUCCCAACAUUCCCGACUUUGCCGGGCUGUUCCUGAAGCGCGGCACCACCGUCGAGGAUGACCAGCUGUGGUUCGUGCUGGAGCUAUGCACCGGCGGCUCCGUCACGGAUCUGGUUCAAGGUCUGCGCAGCCGGGGUGCACGGCUGUCGAACAACCAGAUCGCAUACAUACUGCGGGAGACGGUGCAGGCGCUGGUCUUCCUGCACGAGAACCACUGCAUGCAUCGGGACAUCAAGGGCCACAACAUACUGCUGACGGAGACGGGGCACGUGAAGCUGGUCGACUUUGGCGUGAGCUCGCAUCUGGCCGCGACGAUGGCGCGGCGAAACACGAGCGUCGGCACACCGUACUGGAUGGCGCCGGAGGUGAUCGCUUGCGAGCAGCAGCUGGAUCAAUCGUACGACUCGCGGUGCGACGUGUGGUCGGUGGGCAUUACGGCGAUCGAGCUGGCGGAGGGAGAUCCACCGCUGUGCGAGCUGCACCCGAUGCGGGCGCUGUUUCAGAUCCCACGCAAUCCACCCCCGAAGCUGUCCCAUCCGGAGCAGUACUCGUCGAUGCUGUCCGACUUCAUAUCGGAGUGUCUGGUGAAGGAUCUCGAGCAGCGUCCGUUUUCGAAGGAGUUGGUCACGCCGUUUCUGAAGAGCGUCGGUCCGUAUGUGGACCAGAUACGGCAGGAGCUGCGGGCGGAGAUAGCGCGCCAGCGCGAGGAUGGUCGAGCGCCGAGCCAAGCGAUCGCCACCACCAAGUACGGGAAGUUGAAGUCGGACCGCAAAUCAAAACCGCAGAAGAUGUACAUGGACGAUCGCGCGCUGGACGUGCUGACGGAGGAUGCGAUCGUUGAGCAGCUGCAGAAGCGCUACGAAACGAACCAGAUCUACACGUACAUAGGCGACAUACUGAUCGCGGUCAAUCCGUUCAGCCAGGUCGGGCUCUACACGACGCAGCAUCAGCGCAAGUACACCGGGCAGGCACGGUCGGACAAUCCGCCGCACAUCUUUGCGAUCGCCGAUGCCGCCCAUCAGGCGCUGGUGCACCAGCGCCAGAACCAAGCGAUCGUGAUAUCGGGCGAGAGCGGGUCGGGCAAGACGGAGAGCGCCAACCUGCUGCUGAAGCAGCUCGUGUACCUGGGCAAAGCGGUGACGAAGAACCUGGAGGAGCGCAUUCUGCAGGUCAAUCCCAUCAUGGAAGCGUUCGGCAAUGCGCGGACGGGCAUUAACGCGAACAGCUCCCGGUUUGGGAAGUAUCUGGAGCUUACGAUGGCCCGCAGUGGCAAGGUGAAUGGGGCACGCAUCUUCGUCUACCUGCUGGAGCAGAGCCGGGUGGUGAAGCAGGCCGAGGGUGAGGGUAACUUCCACGUGUUUUACUACAUGUACGAUGGGCUGCAGGCGGAGGGUCGGCUGGAGGAGUACUAUCUGCACCCUUCGUACCGGAAGACGCACCGAUAUCUGCAGGAGACGGCCACGCUGCCGAAGACGAACGUGGACCGGUGGAAGCAGCUGCUGGCGAGCUUCCGCGUGCUCGGCUUUAAGGACGACGAGGUCGACAUGGUGAACCGGGUGCUGGCCGCCAUCCUGAACCUCGGCGACAUUGAGUUCGGCGAGAUGGACUCGAACGACAACACGGACAGCCGGGCCCGGGUGAUCGAUGUGGCGCCGAUGCAUCGCGUCUCGAAGCUGCUGGGCGUCGAUUCGGCCGACCUGCUGGAGGCGCUGUCCUCCAACUCGGUCGUGACGCGCGGUGAAACGAUCACGCGCCACAACAACGUGGCGGAAGCCUGCACAGCCCGGGACGCGAUGGCGAAGGGCUUGUACGGGCGAUUGUUCGAUUGGAUGGUCAAUCAGAUCAAUCUGCUGCUGGUGCACAACAGAAAUAGUAACAGCUCGGAACAGUUGGCGGUUGGAUUGUUGGAUAUUUUUGGGUUCGAAAACUUCAGCAAAAACUCCUUCGAGCAGCUGUGCAUCAAUAUCGCCAACGAGCAGAUACAGUACUACUUCAACCAGCACAUCUUCACGUGGGAGCAACAGGAGUACAUGGCGGAGGGUAUACCGGUCGAUUUGGUCGAGUUUGCCGACAACCGUCCCGUGCUGGAUAUGCUGCUGAGCCGCCCGCUGGGACUGCUGGCACUGCUGGACGAGGAAUCACGCUUUCCGCGCUCAACGGAUCGUUCAUUGAUUGAAAAAUUCCACAACAACGUGAAAUCCAAGUUCUACCAGCGGCCAAAGUCGGAUGCGGUCUGCUUCGCCAUCCACCACUUUGCCGGCCGGGUGGUGUACCAGGCGGACGGGUUUCUGGAGAAGAAUCGCAACUUCCUGCCGGCGGAAAUCAUACAGCUGAUCCGCCAAAGCCAGUACGACAUGAUACGGUUCCUGUUCCAGUGUCCGAUCACGAAGACGGGCAACCUGUACUCGGCCAUCCAGGAUACGGGCUCGCGCCAGAACGUGCCGAGCUUCAUCAAGGUGGACACGAAGGAGAAGUUUAACUCGCGCGGGCUGGCGUCGCAGUCGCGGGCCCAGCAAACGGUGGCGACGUACUUCCGCUACUCGCUGAUGGAUUUGCUGCAGAAGAUGGUGACGGGGACGCCCCAGUUCAUACGCUGCAUCAAGCCGAACGAGCUGAAGGCGGCCAAAUCGUUCGAUGCGGCAAAGGUGUUGAAGCAGCUGCGGUAUACCGGGGUGCUGGAGACGAUCCGGAUCCGGCAGCAUGGGUUCAGCCAUCGGUUUACCUUUGCUGACUUCCUGAGAAAGUACUGCUUUUUGGCGUACAGUUUUGAAGAACGUGUCGUAUCGAACCGAGAAUCCUGUCGCUUGCUUUUGGUGCGCUUAAAGAUGGACGGAUGGGCACUAGGAAAGUCCAAGGUGUUCCUCAAGUACUAUCACGUCGAGUACCUUUCGAAGCUGUACGAGGAACAUGUCCGUAAGAUUGUGCUGGUGCAGGCCUGUGUAAGGCGCUGGCUGGCGAAGGCACUGUACAAGCGCGAGAAGCAGCGCGUCGCGCUGAGUGCCGUCACGCUGCAGAAGCACGUGCGCGGCUGGCUAACGCGCCGCCGCAUGCGCAUACUGAAGGAAAAGCAGGAGAGGGAGCGCUUGGAGCAGGAGCGGUUGGAAAAGGAGCGGCUGGCCAAGGAACGGUUGGCAAAGGAGAAAAAGAACAACGAGCAAAACAAAGCAAAGCAGGCGCUGGCAAAGGCGAAGCUCAUACACCAGCUCUCGAGCAACCAGCUGGAGGCGAAACACAACCACCACCACGAGAAGCGUGCCAUGGACAUGAACAACAAGGAAAACGAGCGGGCCGCCAUCGUCAUCCAGAGCUACUACCGCGGGUACACCAUCCGGAAGAUGCGCAUGACGCCGGAAAUCGAGGCGAAGACGAAGUACAUCCUCGGCAUCGCGAAGAACCGCGUCGAGGCGCAGCGCAUGAUGCAGAAGGAGGGCUUCGCGAAGGAGGACGCAGCCCGCAUCAUCCAGCGCUACUACCGCACGCAGAAGAGCAAACACAACAGCAACCGCGAUGCGAUGGCGGCAGCGGUCGGAGCGGCAUCGGCGGCGGCGGCGGCCGGCCGGAAGGGUCCGGCGCCGCAGCCGCAGCCGAAACCGCUCACCACCAAGGACCAGCAGAUGGAUCUGAUCGCGUUCUCGCAGAACGUGCACAUGCUCAACCAGGAGGUGCACAAGAACCUGCGCGUGAACAAGGCGGGCGUACCGCUGGACGCGAUCGAGAAGCUGCCGAGCGACUACCGGCGGCCACCUGGGUUCGUGCUCGUGCCGGGACUGCUUGGUACCGUGCCGGGCGGUGACUGUGCUAAGUACAGCUCGCUCCGCAGCGUCGACUGCGACCACGAGAUGACGAAGGAAGUGAUACAAAGAACGCCACCGCCCGCAGCGGACUUUGACGACAUCUCCCCGUGGGACAUGCCGUUCUACGAGGUGGAGCGCAACCUGCGCUCGCAAAGGCAGCGUAAUAUGCAGCAACCGCCGCAGCGCAUCGACAUCAACCGGAACGACAUCCUGGGCGACCGCAAGAUGGAGCUGAGCGACCGGAAGCUCUCGAGCAACUGGCACCAGGCGUUCCAGGGGACGGACGGCACGACGCCCCAGGACAAGUUUAAGGGUCUCGCAAGAUCGCCGCAAAAUCAAAACGAACCGGCCCACAUCCGUAGCAUUCCAGCGUUCAGCUAUCUCAAUCCGAACAAUCAACAGAUCCUGCGCUAUUCGCCGAACCAGCACCGCGACGCGUCCGGCGAGCCAACGACCGGCCACGCGCCACCCCACCCGAGCCCGGUUCGCCAGUCGCCGGUCGAGCAGCCAACACGGGAAGCAUCAACACCGCCCACUCGGCUCGGCCUGCUCGGGCUCGGUGGCGGCGCUGGCAAGAAGGCGGCGAAGGCAGAGCUGAAGGCACGCGAGAAAGAGAACAAGGAGCGCAAAAAGCGCGAAAAGAAGGCCAAGAAGGAGAAGGAAAAGGCGGCCGCUAAUGGGCUGACGCCGUCGUCGACCUCGUCAUCCGGCGGGUCGGCCGCCUCGUCCGGUGCGUCCUCGGGCGAGAAGCAGCGCAAGGAGCCGGCCGGAAGGAAGAAACGCUCCGAACAAAAGGAGCAGCAACAGCAGCAGCAGCAGCAGAUUGUGAGUCGGUUUGCGGGUGUGGACGACCAGUCGCUGCACGAAUACCACCAACAGUACCAGCAGCAGCAGCAACAGCAACAAGUACCUCAGAAGCGACUGAUAGAGCAUCACGAGUAUCAGAACAUUUCGGAGGAGACGAAAAUCGACAGCAAGAGCCCGGUGAUGCGGAUGUUUGGCGAUACGAACUUCCUGGUGAACCAUCGGCGCAAGGCGGCCGAGCAGAAGCAGCAGCUGGCCCAGCUCCAGCAGGUCCAGCAGUACCACAAGCAGCAGCAACAGCAGCAACAGAAAGCUCGUCAACAACAGCAGCAGCAGCACCACCAUCAAGGCAACGGAGGGCCUCCGGGUUGGCGUCAGCAGGAGCUGAACUGUGGCCAGGGCGUUUGCGAACUCCUGAACGGGGUCUAUCGGUUCAGCCCACACGUCACCUCGUUCGCUCAGCUCGAUUCGAAGAGCGCCAGCAGCCUGUCGGACGAUCGGUCCACGCUGGACAAGGACUACCAAAACUUCAACGUGUCCAAGUACCUGAACAUCGACGUGAAGGGUCCGCUGCACCAUCAGCGCGACCGGGCCCGGGACAGCGGUGUGCACGAGCGGGACAUCAGCUCGAACAGCUCGAGCCUAAGCACGGGCAGCAGCGGCAUGAACUCACUCAACUCGUUCGAUUCCGUCGAGCAGGCGAUCAUCUUCCAGAAGGACCGCAAUGCCGACUCGUACCUUGGGCCGUUCAACUUCCGCCAGCUGUUGCGGCCGACCCAGGGCCCGACCGAGUCGCUCCGCAAGCGCAAGGGCAUCAAUCCACCGUCGCCGCCGCCGCCGCAGAGGGGCAAAAGUUAGGCAGGGAUUGCAGGACGCUCCCGGUUGGUCCGCCUGUAUGAUUGCCUAACAGUUAGCCUGCGCGCAACAAAUGCAACGAACCAAAGAAACGCGAGCCUUGUGCGAGGGGGAGCUCCCGGACAUCCGGCUGGCUCGUUACUUUAGGGCGGUAGUUAAGCAAAAGUGGCGCUCCCCUCCCUUUGACACGAAAGUUACACAAUGUGUUGCGCCUUGGAAGAAUCGAACGACAAAAGGAAAGGCCGCAAAGCUCGAAUCGCGGGAAAGUUUGCGGACGGAAGAAUGUUGGUGUUGGUUGAGCGUGUACACUUUUACCAUAGUUUAAAGAACCGGGCUACCAGCCCUUAUUGGUCGGUGAAAACGCAACAGUUUUGUUGAUGGUCGAGCCUUUGUGUGCCUGUCUCUCCCUCUAAUCUGCCCUCUAAUCUUUGUAAAAGGUAAUUUAUUUAUCGCACGGUUAGUUACCCUCUUCGUUACGACGCGGCUUCUGCGAUUGGCCGUGUGUUUCACACAUCACCAUUAUUUGUGUAAGCAAAUCCACCAGAAACAGGAUGUAAGUUUCCAAUACGAGUGUAAGCAAAACUGUUUAAAAACAAUACACGCAAAGCGAAUUGCGUUGGCAAAAUUGUGCCAACAACACUGGGUAGUGAUGUAUCGCCGAAUAUAUAUAAAGAAAACGGCAUGGAAAGCAGGGACCGCGUUGCACUCGAUUGAGUAAAGAGCUUGAGCAGAGCUUGGUUAAGUUAGCAGAUAGUCGAUAACAGUACAAUUCAAUGAGGUAGAAGGGAGAUAAAUUUUCGGAUUAUAAAAGAAAGUCUGAAGAAGCGGAAAUAAGUAACGGAACGGCGGGUGUGCAAUGAACAGCAAUUCAAAGCGGUGUGAUGAUUGCGAUAGAAAUUAAUAACAAUGUAUUUAAGAAUCCAUUUCCGUGUUUUUUUUCCGUUCGGGAUGAGCAUGAAUUCAGUUUGAUGAAUUUGGGUUAGGAUGGAGUGGUAAGAAGGUUUGAACUGUUAGUGCGUAGUUUUCUAGACAGUAGGUUUGGUUUUGAAAAUAAAGGCAAUAUUAACAAUUGUUAUUAAA